GCGCCUCAUUUACUUUUUGUUUUUGGAAAGAAAUAUCCAACCUCGGGCUUCGAAAACUAUAAAACGCCACUGCCACCCCAUUUCUCUCCUCCUUCAUCAUCCUUAUCGGCUAUUGCCAUUUUCAACUUUCCUCUCCACACUUUCCUGGCUGAAAUUAAAAUUCCUGCAUUCAAGGAUUUCUUCUUACUUUUAUCUCUCAAAAAUCUCACACGUCGCCGACUACUAACUGUCACAAAUCUUGAUUUUCCUCAGCCUUUUUUCUCUCCAAUUUUCUUCAUCUUUUUCCCCUCUUAAACCAAACAUGCACUGCAAACAUUCGUCUCUUCCAUUUCCAUUGACAAUUUCAUCUAUACCCACUAAGUCAAAUCCUCAAUUUCCUACCAAAAAACCAAUCUUUUUCACUUCUCUAAAAAAUUCAUCUACUUUCUUGACAAUUUCAUUGACACCCACCAAGCCAAAUCCUCAAUUUUAUCAUAAAAAUCCAAUCUUUUUCACUUCUGCACAGUAUUCUGCAAAUGGGGGUUACUCUAAUUCAACUUCAAGAACUACAAAAACAAACCUUUCCUCAGUUUCUUGCUUAAUCACGGAAGAACCACCAUUGGAUGAAAGGUUAAGUGUUGUUGACAAAGUUCAAAGUUUAUCUUUGGAAUUUAGGUCCUUAUCAGAACCAAUUGAUAGAGUUAAAAGAUUAUUACACUAUGCAAGUAGACUCUCUCCAUUAAAUGAGUCAUCAAGGUUACAAGAAAACCAAGUUUUUGGGUGUACAACACGGGUUUGGUUAGAAGUUAGGAUGGAUAAUAAGGGUUAUAUGAGGUUUAGAGUAGAUAGUGAUUCAGAAAUUACAAAGGGGUUUUGUUCUUGUUUGAUAUGGGUACUUGAUGGUGCAAAACCAGAAGAAAUUCCAAGUGUUACAGCUGAGGAUUUUGCAGAUAUGAAUGUGGGGUUACCUAAAAAAGGACGUUCAAGAGUUAAUACUUGGCAUAAUGUGUUGUUUAGUCUGCAAAAUAGGACUCAAGAUUGUGUUCAGGAGAGGAAGAGAGCUUUGUCUUUAGAAGAUCCAAAGGGAUCUGAGGUUGGUGUUAAGUAGCAAUUUAUAUUUUAUUGGCUUGUUUAUGUUUUUGGUUGAAUGUAGUACACCAUGAUCAUUGGAAGAUCCAAAGGGAUCUUUGAAUUCUGCUUUUAAAGAAAUAAGUUUGUACCUUUAAUGAUGGACUACAUGAUAUAAUACUUU